GGCCGCAGCGGCGUUGGCGCGUCCCCGCCCGGCUGGCGCUCGCGGUGUCAGUGUGGGCGGCCCGGCCCCGGGAAGGUCAAGAUGGAAGAGAUCCUGAGGAAGCUGCAGAAGGAGGCGUCCGGCAGCAAGUACAAAGCCAUCAAGGAGAGCUGCACCUGGGCCCUGGAAACCCUGGGUGGUCUGGACACCAUUGUCAAGAUUCCUCCCCACCUGCUGAGAGAGAAAUGCCUGCUGCCUCUCCAGUUGGCUUUGGAAUCCAAGAACGUGAAGCUGGCUCAACAUGCCUUGGCAGGGAUGCAGAAGCUGCUCUCUGAAGAGAGGUUUGUAUCCAUGGAAACAGACUCUGAUGAGAAGCAGCUGCUCAAUCAGGUCCUGAAUGCUGUGAAAGUGACGCCUUCGCUCAAUGAAGACCUGCAGGUGGAAGUGAUGAAGGUUCUGCUGUGCAUCACCUACACCCCAGCAUUCGACCUGAACGGGAGUGCUGUGCUGAAGAUCGCCGAGGUGUGCAUCGAGACAUACACGUGUAGCUGUCACCAGCGCAGUAUAAACACUGCAGUGCGGGCCACUCUCAGUCAGAUGCUAAGCGACUUGACCUUACAGUUACGACAGAGGCAAGAGAACACGAUAAUUGAAAACCCAGAUGUACCACAGGAAUUCGGGAGUCAAGGGUCAUCGGUAGAGGCCCUCUGUGAUGAUGUUGUCUCUGUCCUCGCCGUCCUGUGUGAGAAGCUUCAAGCCUCCAUAAACGACAGCCAGCAGCUGCAGCUUCUGUACUUGGAGUGCAUUCUGUCUGUGCUCAGCAGCUCCUCCUCCGCCAUGCACCUGCACAGGGGCUUCACCGACCUCAUCUGGAAAAACUUGUGCCCCGCCCUCAUCGUGAUCCUGGGGAACCCUGUUCAUGACAAAACCAUCACCUCUGCUCACAGCAGCAGCACCAGCGCCAGCGUGGAGUCGGACUCGGCCUCUCCGGGCAUCUCUGACCACGGCCGGGGCUCCGGCUGCUCCUGCACCGCGCCGGCCCUCAGCGGGCCCGUGGCUCGCACCAUCUACUACCUUGCAGCCGAGCUCGUCCGCCUGGUGGGCUCAGUGGACUCCAUGAAGCCCGUGCUGCAGUCCCUCUACCACCGCGUGCUGCUGUACCCGCCUCCCCAGCACCGCGUGGAAGCCAUCAAGAUCAUGAAGGAGAUACUUGGGAGCCCACAGCGCCUCUGUGACCUAGCAGGACCUAGCUCCACGGAGCCAGAACCCAGGAAAAGAUCAAUUUCAAAACGGAAGUCUCACCUGGAUCUUCUCAAACUCAUCAUGGAUGGCAUGACGGAGGCGUGCAUCAAGGGUGGCAUCGAGGCCUGCUACGCUGCCGUGUCCUGUGUGUGCACCUUGCUGGGGGCUCUGGACGAGCUCAGCCAGGGCAAGGGCCUGAGUGACAGGCAGGUCCAGCUGCUGCUCCUGCGCCUGGAAGAGCUGAGGGACAGGGACGUGGCCGAGUCCAGCCGAGACUCCAUGGAGAUCAACGAGGCUGACUUCCGCUGGCAGAGGCGCGUGCUGUCCUCGGAGCACACGCCCUGGGAGGCAGGCAACGAGAGGAGCCCUGACAUCAGCAUCAGUGUCACCACGGACACCGGCCAGACCACCUUAGAGGGAGAGUUGGGUCAGACGACACCCGAGGACCACACAGAGAACCACAAGAAUGGGCUCAAGUCUCCAGCCAUCCAGGAGGGCAAGGAGACACUGGGCAAAGUGUCGGAGCCCGAGGCAGUAGACCAGCCCGACGUGGUUCAGAGGAGCCACACGGUGGCUUACCCCGACAUCACCAACUUCCUGUCAGUGGACUGCAGGAUGCGGUCCUACGGCUCUAGGUACAGUGAGAGCAACUUCAGCGUGGAUGAGCAGGACCUGUCGAGGACCGAGUUUGAUUCCUGUGACCAGUACUCAAUGGCAGCGGAGAAGGACUCAGGCAGGUCGGACGUGUCGGACAUCGGGUCGGACAACUGUUCGCUGGCUGACGAGGAGCAGACCCCUCGGGACUGCCUGGGGCACCGGUCCUUGCGAACAGCCGCUCUGUCUCUCAAACUGCUGAAGAACCAGGAGGCCGACCAGCACAGCGCCCGGCUGUUCGUGCAGGCCCUGGAGAGCCUCCUGCCUCAGCUGCUGGCGCUCUCCAGCGUGGAGGAGGUGGACUCAGCCCUCCAGAACUUCGCCUCUACUUUCUGCUCAGGCAUGAUGCACUUGCCCGGCUUUGACAGCAGCAGCAGCCUUAGCUUCCAGAUGCUGAUGAACGCCGACAGCCUGUACAUGGCCGCACACUGCGCCCUGCUGCUCAACCUGAAGCUGUCACACGGCGACUACUACAGGAAGCGGCCAGCCCUGGCACCCGGCAUGCUGAAAGAGUUCAUGAAGCAGGUGCAGACCAGCGGGGUACUGGUGGUCUUCUCCCAGGCCUGGAUCGAGGAGCUGUACCACCAGGUGCUGGACAGAAACAUGCUGGGCGAGGCCGGCUACUGGGGCAGCCCGGAGGACAACAGCCUGCCACUCCUCACCAUGCUGACGGACAUUGAUGGCUUAGAGAGCAGUGCAAUUGGUGGCCAGCUGAUGGCCUCUGCUUCUACAGAGUCACCUUUUACCCAGAGCAGGAUAGUUGACGACUCCACAGUGGCAGGUGUGGCAUUUGCUCGCUAUAUUCUGGUCGGCUGCUGGAAGAACCUGAUCGAUACUCUGUCAACCCCACUAACUGGCCGCAUGGCGGGGAGCUCCAAAGGGCUGGCGUUCAUCCUGGGAGCUGAGGGCAUCAAAGAGCAGAACCAAAAGGAGCGCGACGCCAUCUGCAUGAGCCUGGACGGGCUGCGGAAAGCUGCCAGGCUGAGCUGUGCGCUAGGGGUUGCUGCUAACUGCGCCUCAGCCCUCGCUCAGAUGGCUGCUGCCUCCUGCGUCCAGGAAGAGAAGGAGGAAAGGGAAGUCCAAGAACCCAGUGACACCAUAGCACAAGUGAAACUAAAAGUGGAGCAGAAACUGGAGCAGAUGGGGAAGGUGCAGGGGGUGUGGCUGCACACGGCCCACGUCUUGUGCAUGGAUGCCAUCCUCAGCGUAGGCCUGGAGAUGGGAAGCCACAACCCGGACUGCUGGCCACACGUGUUCAGGGUGUGUGAGUAUGUGGGCACCUUGGAGCACACUCACUUCAGUGACAGUGCCUCACAGCCUCCUCUGGCCCUCAGCCAGCCCCAGAAGAUGGCAUCCGGGGCGUGUGGGAUCCUUGGGGACCUGGAGUGCGAGGGCUCAUCCCAGGAGCCAAGCGUGGAGCAGGGGCCCUCCCUGAGCACGGCCCCUGUGGUCCAGCCUCUGUCCAUCCCAGAGCUCGUCCGGGAAGGGAGCCGGGGCCGGGCCUCUGACUUCCGUGGUGGCAGCCUCAUGAGUGGGAGCAGCGCCGCCAAGGUGGUGCUCAGCCUCUCCACCCAGGCCGACAGGCUUUUUGAAGAUGCUACAGAUAAACUGAACCUCAUGGCUCUGAGCGGCUUCCUUUACCAGCUGAAGAAAGCGUCACAGUCCCAGCUUUUCCAUUCUGUUACGGAUACAGUGGAUUACUCUCUGGCAAUGCCAGGGGAAGUUAAAUCCACCCAGGACCGAAAAAGUGCGCUCCACCUGUUCCGCCUGGGGGACGCCAUGCUGAGGAUCGUGCGGAGCAAAGCACGCCCCCUGCUGCAUGUGAUGCGCUGCUGGAGCCUGGUGGCCCCGCAUCUGGUGGAGGCUGCCUGCCACAGGGAGAGACAUGUGUCUCAGAAGGCGGUGUCCUUCAUCCACGACAUCCUCACGGAGGUUCUCACGGACUGGAAUGAGCCACCUCAUUUUCACUUUCACGAAGCUCUCUUCCGACCCUUCGAGCGUAUUAUGCAGCUGGAGCUAUGUGAUGAAGAUGUCCAAGACCAGGUGGUGACAUCCAUCGGGGAGCUGGUGGAAGUGUGUUCCGCGAAGAUCCAGUCCGGGUGGCGGCCCCUGUUCAGUGCCCUGGAGACCGUGCAUGGCGGGGACAAGUCCGAGAUGAAGGAGUACCUCGUGGGGGACUGCUCCAUGGGAAAAGGCCAAGCUCCGGUGUUCGAUGUGUUUGAAGCUUUUCUCAAUACCGACAACAUCCAGGUCUUUGCUAAUGCAGCCACCAGUUACAUCAUGUGCCUUAUGAAGUUUGUCAAAGGACUGGGGGAGGUGGACUGCAAAGAGAUUGGAGACUGCGUCCCAGGACCAGGAGCCCCGUCCACAGACCUGUGCCUGCCUGCCCUGGAUUACCUCAGGCGCUGUUCGCAGUUAUUGGCCAAGAUCUACAAAAUGCCCCUGAAGCCGAUAUUCCUUAGUGGGCGACUUGCCAGCUUGCCUCGAAGGUUUCAGGAGCAGUCAACAAGCAGUGAGGAUGGGAUUGAGUCAGUCCUGGCUGAUUUUGAUGACGAUACCGGUCUGAUAGAAGUCUGGAUCACCCUAUUGGAGCAGCUCACAGCAGCUGUGUCCAAUUGUCCACGUCAACACCAGCCGCCAACCUUGGAUUUACUCUUUGAGCUGUUGAGAGACGUUACCAAAACACCUGGACCAGGGUUUGGAAUGUAUGCAGUCGUCCACCUUCUCCUUCCUGUGAUGUCCCUGUGGCUGCGCCGUAGCCAUAAAGACCAUUCCUACUGGGACGUGGCCUCUGCUAACUUCAAGCACGCCAUCGGGCUGUCGUGCGAGCUGGUGGUGGAACAUAUCCAGAGCUUUCUGCACUCGGACAUCAGGUACGAGAGCAUGAUCAACACCAUGCUGAAGGACCUCUUCGAGUUGCUGGUGGCCUGUGUGGCCAAACCCACAGAGACCAUCUCCAGAGUGGGCUGUUCCUGCAUUAGGUACGUGCUGGUGACGGCGGGCCCGGUGUUCACGGAGGAAAUGUGGCGGCUCGCCUGCUGUGCCCUGCAGGAAGCCUUCUCCGCCACCCUCAAGCCAGUGAAGGACUUGCUGGGCUGCUUCCACAGCGGCACGGAGAGCUUCAGCGGGGAAGGCUGCCAGGUGCGGGUGGCGGCCCCAUCCUCCUCCCCGAGUGCCGAGGCCGAGUACUGGCGCAUCAGAGCCAUGGCCCAGCAGGUAUUCAUGUUGGACACCCAGUGCUCCCCAAAGACUCCAAACAACUUUGAUCAUGCUCAGUCCUGCCAGCUCAUCAUCGAGCUGCCCCCGGAUGAGAAACCGAACGGACACACCAAGAAAAGCGUCUCUUUCAGGGAAAUCGUGGUGAGCCUGUUGUCGCACCAGGUGCUGCUCCAGAACCUGUACGACAUCCUGCUGGAAGAGUUUGUUAAAGGUCCCUCUCCUGGAGAGGACAAGACGGUCCAGGUGCCGGAUGCCAAGCUGGCCGGCUUCCUCAGAUACAUCUCCAUGCAGAACUUGGCGGUCAUCUUUGACCUGCUGCUGGACUCGUACAGGACAGCCCGAGAGUUUGACACCAGCCCGGGCCUGAAGUGCCUGCUGAAGAAGGUGUCUGGCAUCGGGGGCGCCGCCAACCUCUACCGCCAGUCCGCCAUGAGCUUUAACAUCUACUUCCACGCGCUGGUGUGUGCUGUGCUCACCAACCAGGAAGCCAUCACUGCUGAGCAAGUGAAGAAGGUCCUUUUUGAGGACGACGAAAGAAGCACAGAUUCUUCCCAGCAGUGCUCUUCGGAGGAUGAAGACAUCUUCGAGGAGACGGCCCAGGUGAGUCCCCCGCGAGGCAAGGAGAAGAGGCAGUGGAGGGCGCGGAUGCCCUCGCUCAGCGCGCAGCCUGUCAGCAAUGCCGACUGGGUGUGGCUCGUGAAGCGGCUGCACAAGCUGUGCAUGGAGCUGUGCAACAACUACAUCCAGAUGCACCUGGACCUGGAGAGCUGCGUGGAGGAGCCGCCCGUCCUCAAGAGCGACCCGUUCUUCAUCCUGCCCUCCUUCCAGUCCGAAUCGUCCACCCCGUCCACUGGGGGCUUCUCUGGGAAAGACACGCCUUCCGAGGAUGACCGAAGUCAGAUCCGAGAGCACCUGGGCGAGUGUCUGGGCCUGCGGGUGGGCAGCGGGGAUGUGCUGAUGCUGCCCCCCAGCCCCAAAGUGGAGAGGAAGGACGCCGGCCGGAAGAAAGAGUGGUGGGAGAACGCUGGCAACAAAAUCUACACCAUGGCGGCCGACAAGACCAUUUCCAAGCUGAUGACCGAGUACAAAAAGAGGAAGCAGCAACACAACCUGCCCACCUUCCCCAAGGAGGUCAAAGUGGAGAAGAAGGGAGAGCCACUGGGGCCCCGGGGGCCAGACUCCCCGCUGCUUCAGCGUCCCCAGCACCUGAUGGACCAAGGGCAAAUGCGGCACUCCUUCAGCGCGGGCCCCGAGCUGCUGCGCCAGGACAAGAGGCCGCGCUCCGGCUCCACCGGGAGCUCCCUGAGUGUCUCCGUGAGAGACGCUGAAGCACAGAUCCAGGCAUGGACCAACAUGGUGCUAACAGUCCUCAACCAGAUCCAGAUCCUCCCAGACCAGACCUUCAUCGCCCUCCAGCCCGCCGUGUUCCCGUGCAUCAGCCAGCUGACCUGUCACGUGACUGACGUCAGAGUGCGCCAGGCCGUGAGAGAAUGGCUGGGCAGAGUGGGCCGUGUCUAUGACAUCAUUGUGUAGCAGGCUCGAAUUCCAUUUCCAAGGAUGUAGGCGAGCCAGGGUCAGAGUCUGCCUGCCAACCUAACAGAGAGCAUCCCCCUCUAUGUAAGAGGUUUCAGAGAGUAUUCCCUAAGGUAAGAAAGCCUUUCCAACUAUUCCGUAAAGAAUACCCCUUGGGCCAUCCUGGAUACCAAGGUGACAUCCAGAUGACACCAGUGAUCUUCUGAUUUUGCACAUUAUUACAGAAGAUUCUGCAUUCUUUGAUAUAGUUCUAACUCUUGAAGUUUAUUUCCAAGUGCUUUUGCUUGCAGUGUUGUCCCCAGAUGGAUCAUUUUCAAAGACCACUCCUUUGAAAACACUACAUAGAUCCAUUGGAGUCAUCAUUUUAAAAGUAAAUGCAAUUCCUAAAGAACUACGCGCUUGUAAGUCGAGCUGAUGUAUAAACACUCAUAUCUAGUACCAGGCAUUAUUAGUUAGAAGCAAGCUUAUAGUAUGAUUAUCAGCUUGGCUGGGAAGAAAACAGCUACUAAAAGGUAUUUUUCAACGCCACAGUCAAGCAACAGAUUAUUUCUGCUGUGAAAUAUUGCGGAACAUUUCAACAUUAUUCCUAAAUUGUUAAGAUUUUCAGGUUAAUAUUUGCUAGUUUCCCCCAUAAAAGGUACUGUCGUGCCUUUCUCUGUUUCUAAAGAAAGAAAUUCUUUCCUAGCGAGCUUGUAAGUCUGGCUUGGCAGCCUUUAACACAAAGGAUCCCAUAGUUCUGGCUGACACAUCUAUUGUUCAGAGACAACAGGAAAGGAAAGAAAAAAGGUGCCUUAGUCCUUUGUUGCACAGACAUUUCUAUGCCCCACAACUAUCUGAACCUAAGGUACAACACUCGGUUUUUAAGAGAACCAAAUAUUAAGAUGUAACUCAUUUUAUAGUAGUAUUCUUGGAGGAAAGGCACUCAGAGUCCUCCAUCCAGUGAGCAGACUUCUCAGGGAAGGGGCAGGAAGUGUGGGGCAGGGAGACAGCUGGAAGGGGUGGGAGAGGGGACCGUCGUGAAACAUGAUGCAGCAAAUAUGAAGUGAGAAACAAGCUGUAGUCUCAUAAGAAGACAGGACUAAAGGACAAAGAGACGCAAUGAAUUUUAGAAAAUUAUUUUUUCUAUUUAAAAUAUGUCUCUUUAUGUUUAAAGUCCUUUUAUUUGGACCAAUAUUUUCAGUAGAUAUUUCUUUCCCUAAGUAUUAUUAGAAAAUGAAUUUGAAGCCUUUAUUUUAUUACAGUAUGUGUGUAUAUGCAGACAUACAUACACACACUUUUUUU